AUGUAACAUGUGCGAGUAAUAAAUAUCAAUGUAAUAAUGGACGAUGUAUCAGUGAAGUUUGGCUCUGUGAUGGAGAUAACGACUGUGGAGAUAUGUCCGAUGAAAAAAAUUGUCCGGAGAAGACGUGUCGUCCAGAUGAAUUUCGAUGUAAUAAUUCACUGUGUAUAUCUCAAGCUCUCGUCUGUGAUACUGAUAAUGAUUGCGGUGAUAGUUCGGACGAGGGAGAAUUUUGUACGAACCACAAAUGUCAACCAGGAUUUUUUCAAUGUGAUAAUAAACGAUGUAUACCAGAUCAUCUAGUGUGUAACGGAGGUCUGGACUGUUUUGACGAAAGCGACGAGUAUGAUUGUCCAGCCUUAAACUGUACUGGUCGACGUUGGACGUGUAAAACGGUACGACAGUGUAUCUCUCGGAAAUAUCAAUGCGAUGGAGUCGACGAUUGCACAGAUGCUAGUGAUGAGGAAGAUUGUGCUACACGAGCGCCUGAUGAAUGCCAUGAUAAUGAGUUUAAAUGUACAGUUGGAGGUUGUAUACCAGAAACGUGGAAAUGUGACGGACAGGAGGAUUGUGAGGAUGGCUCGGAUGAACCCUCGACUUGUGCAACACCGACAUGUUACUCAGGAAGAUUUAGAUGUAAUAAUGGAAGAUGUAUAUUUCACGGGUGGGUUUGUGAUGGAGAUGACGACUGCGGUGAUAAUUCAGACGAAGCUCAGAGUCUGACUUGUGCCCCACCCCCAUUCAGUUGUCCAUCAGGAGAAUGGGAAUGCCCUGGUACCAGAGUCUGUAUUAAUAUUACCAGCGUCUGCGAUGGUUCCAUAGAUUGUCCUCAAGGUCAUGACGAAAGUCCAGUCUGCAAUUCGGAGAGUUGUAGGCUAGAAAAUGGUGGCUGUAGUCAUCGUUGUAUUCAGACUCCGCGUGGUGCUGAGUGUUUUUGUCCUGAAGGUCAGGAAUUGAAUGAUACCAAGAUCUGUCAAGAUAAGAAUGAAUGUGACCCCCCAGGAAUUUGUAGCCAGACGUGUAUUAAUACGAAGGGGUCUUAUAAAUGUCAAUGUGACGAAGGUUAUUCUUUAUUACCCGAUAAAAAAACAUGUCAAGCUAGCAGAAACACGUCUGAAGUGUUUCUAUUAGUUGCUACAAGAAAGACUAUCAUACGAUCUAGUCUAGAUGCCUGGAUGUACAAGUCUUUACCACUGGUUAACCAGAGAUCGCUGUCUGCUAUUGAUAUAGACGUAGCCACAGGACAUAUUUACUAUUCUGAUACAGGCCUGAAGAAGAUUUUCAGAGCUACGUAUAAUGGUACAGAUAUUACGGAGAUAAUAUCAACUGGUGUAGAUGUUAUAGAAGAUAUAGCUGUUGAUUGGAUCGCUAGGAAUAUUUAUUGGACGGAUUAUCGUAUGGAGACGGUCGAGGUAGCAGAUAUUGACGGUAACGAAAGAGUCGUACUGAUUAGUACUAAUAUUACUAAUCCUAGAGGUAUUGAAGUGGAUCCCAGAGACGGGUUACGAUAUUUGUUUUGGUCAGAUUGGGGUCAGAAUCCAAAAAUAGAGCGUGUUGGAUUGGACGGUUCCAGUCGAGUUGCCAUAGUAACAGACAAGAUUUACUGGCCGAAUGCCUUAACUCUGGAUUAUCCGAACAAACGUCUCUAUUUCGCAGACGCCAGAUUAGAUUUUAUAGAUUACUGCAAUUACGAUGGUAGUGGACGACACAGGAUGUUUUCCAACGAUCAUUUUUUGAGACAUCCUCAUGCCUUAACGAUAUUUGAAGAUCGUAUCUAUUGGACGGAUCGUGCCGCUAAUCGAAUAUCGCGAUGUAAUAAAUUCAACUGUACGGAGAGAACGGUGAUGGCAUCAAAUAUUGCCCGCCCCCUGGGAAUCGUUGCUUAUCAUUCGGUACGACAACCAAUUGGCAGUAACUCGUGUGAAAAGAAACCAUGCAGUCAUCUGUGUCUGCUAUCACCAACAUCAGAAUUAGGUUAUAAAUGUUUGUGUCCAGUUGGAUUCAAGAUGGAUGCCACCAGUCAUGUUUGUAAACAAGCUAGUGAAGUUGUAUUGUUAUACAUGCAGCCUAGAAUGAUAUCAGGUAUAAAACCUGAUAGCAAGGGUAAACCAAGUAUGAUACCAGUUACUUCCCUUGUUGAUGGUUUAGAUUUCGACUACGACAGUCGCGAAGGUUUUAUAUACUAUAUCGAGAAGGAAAACGGUAGUUUGAGAAGAAUUCAAAUCAAUGGUCAAAACGCGUCAGAAUUUGUCCCGACGGCCGUCAUUGGUCAGCCUAAUGCCCUGGCUAUUGAUUGGCUCUCUAAUAAUUUAUAUUGGGCCAAUGAAGAUAUGAGCACGAUAGAAGUUAUGAAGAUGACGGGGGAGAAACACUAUCGUAAAAUAUUAAUCAGUAAUAAUGGGAAAGAGACUGAUGUAGCUGCUCCGUUAUCUAUUUGUUUAGAUCCAGUUCAAGGGAAACUAUAUUGGUCUGAUAAAGGAGGUAAUGGCGUCCCUGCUAAAAUAGGCGUAAUGAAUAUGGACGGAACCAAGUCUAAAGUUUUGGUAUCAACUGAUAUUAGAGUACCACAAUAUCUUACUAUAGACAUCAAUAACCAGGCUUUAUAUUGGUCCGAUUCUUUCCAUCAAGACACUGAUUCCGAACCUAAGUCACCAGGCGGUUUAACGGUUUACAAGAAUCGUUUGUAUUAUACUGAUUCUGAUUACGAGGCCAUCUAUGAGGCCAACUUUUCAAAUUUGACACAUCCAACGCAGGUCAAAAAUAAUCUUCCAAAAUUACAGUCACUGAAAAUAUAUUAUGACAGGCAUGAUAGUGGAAGCAAUGGGUGUUCAGAUAAUUACGGAGGAUGUUCACAGUUAUGUUUACCAAUUGGUGUGAACAAACAGAAGAAAUGCGACUGUGGUAUCGGAUUUGUUUUACAAUCCAACGGUGAUUGCCAAGAAUCGAAUUCGUUCCUGUUGAUAUCACAGUAUAAAAAGUUACGAGGGUUUGGACUGAGUGAACAGAAUCCUCAAGAAGCUAUGGUACCAGUUGGUGGAGAAGGUAGAGCAAUCAGUAAAAUAGAAGUCAUAAUGAAAUUUGGAUAUAUUUAUUGGACGGAUUUGAAUCCAGGGGACAAGAUCAACAAAGCCGCCAGUACGUUGAAUCGUAUCAAAGCAGACGGCUCAGAAUUUCAAGUUGUAAUUAAAUCUGGAGUAGGAACGAACGGAAUUCAAGGCAUCGCUAUUGAUUGGUUAGCAGGAAAUCUAUAUUUUACCAAUGCAUUCACCAUUGAAACGUUUAUCGAGGCGUGUCGAUUGGACGGAAGUUAUCGUAGAGUUAUAAUACGUGAACCACAAGGCCGACCUCGUUCGAUUGCUGUUGAUCCUAUCAAAAGAUAUAUAUAUUGGGCAGACUACGGUCAACAUCCGAAGAUCGAGAGAGCGAAUCUAGACGGAAGUAACAGAACAACGUUAGUAUCAAAUGGUAUAAGUUUUCCGCGAGAUAUAGCCGUUGAUAUUAUAACUCAUGAUGUUUAUUGGGUAGAUUCUGUCGUGGAUGCGUUACAAUCGAUCAGCUAUAAUGGAGAAAACAGACAGUACAUCAAAAUUAAUUUACCAAAUCCGUUUGGCGUGGCCGUUUACGGAGAUUGGAUCUAUUGGGUGGAUAGAAAUCUGAAAAAGAUAUUUAAAGGUAGAAAGACAAAGAGAUCCAAUGAUUCUAUUAUCGUCGUCAAGAGUGAUCUUCCAGAACUUCGAGAUGUCAAAAUAUUCGACGAUUCAAUUCAACCAAAAGGUGAAAGUCCGUGUAUUAACAACAAUGGCGGAUGUGAUCAGCUCUGUUUCGCUCUACCAAAUAAAGACGAUCCGACUUGUGUCUGUGCUUCAGGAAAACUCGAUACAGACGGCAAAUCUUGUACAGCUCCUAGUGAUUUUCUAAUCUAUGCCGCAGAAAACGAAAUCCGUGGUAUCAGUUUAGAUCUGAAAAAUAUGGCGGCACCAAUUCCACCUAUCACUGGCCUGCGAGGUGCCGUAGCUGUAGACUUUGACGCCAAGACACAAUAUAUAUAUUUUAGUCAAGUUGGUGGAAAGAAAAUCAGUCAAGUUAAGAAAGGAUCGGUGAAAGUUGAAGACAUUUUGGAUAACGAUAUUAACAGUACCCUAUCUAAUCAUGAUAUAACGUCAGUAGAAGGAAUGGCGUUUGAUUGGGUCAGUAAAAGACUGUAUUGGGCUGAUCUGUUUAAGAAGAGAAUCUACAGUAUGGGAAUAGAUAAGAGUAAUAAGAUUGAGCUGGCCGUUGUGAACAGUCCGAGAGCUGUAGCUGUUGAUCCCUGCAGUGGAGAUCGUAUAGAGAGAUCUAAUAUACAUGGAAUGUACAGAGAGAUAAUAAUACAGACAACUGUACAUCCCUUCUCCUUGACGAUUUAUAAACAGUACAUCUUUUGGACGGAUUGGACGCUCAGAGGUGUUUUCCGCGCGGAGAAACAUACAGGUUCGGAUAUGAAGAUGUUGAUUCAGGGUAUUUCAGCUCGACCAAUGGGAAUAGUUGUUUUCUCUCCAGACAGACAGAAAUGUGAUGAUAAUCCAUGUGCUAAAUUUAACGGGGGUUGUAGUCAUGGAUGUCAUCCGUCGCCGAAAGGAGAACCAGAAUGUUCAUGUCAAGAGGGAAGUGGAUUAGUUCUGGGUAAGGACGGAAAAAUGUGUAUACCAGAGAACCAUAAUUGUACGUCAACGCAGUUUGUAUGUGAAAAUGGCCGCUGUUUGAUUCAGAGAUGGGUCUGUGACAUGGAUGAUGACUGUAGAGAUAAUAGUGAUGAGAACCCCAAUCACUGUGCUCUUCACACUUGUGAUCCGACACAUUUUCGUUGUAAUAAUGGCCGCUGUAUUCCUCUCAGAUAUCGUUGUGAUUUCGAUGAUGACUGUCGUGAUAAUUCUGAUGAAUUUGAUUGUCCCUACCCUACGUGUGGUCCAGACCAAUUUAGCUGUUUAAAUUUCCGCUGUAUUGAUAAAGGUCAAGUUUGUGACGGGGUUGAUAAUUGUCGAGACGGAAACAAAACAGAUGAAAUGAAUUGUCCUCCGCGAGUUUGUCCCUCCAAUCAAGUGAAAUGUCCUAACACCAAUAUCUGUAUUGUAAGACGGUAUAUGUGUGAUGGAGACGACGACUGCGGAGAUAAUUACGAUGAAAAUCCUCUCUUCUGUAAUCAGGUCACGUGUGCUGCAGGUGAUUUCUACUGUACUGAAACACAUAAAUGUAUUCCUGGAGCUUGGCAUUGUGAUGGAGAAAACGAUUGUGGUUCUAACGAGGAUGAAUCAGAAUACUGCUCGUUUAACAAUCGAACAUGUUUUGGUAACCAGUUUACCUGUGAUAGUGGUAAAUGUAUUUCGUCACGCUGGGUUUGUGACGGUACCGACGAUUGUGGUGAUAACUCUGAUGAAGCCGACACCCUCAAUUGUGCUGAGAGAACGUGCCAACCAGACACCUUCACCUGUGAAUCUAACAAACAGGCAGGUUCCUACCCGUGUAUAGAUAGACGUCGUGUUUGUGACGGGGUGAGGAACUGUAUAGGGGGUGAAGAUGAAAUGCAGUCGUGUCCUGUACGAUCCUGUCAACCGAACCAGUUUCAAUGUACAAACGGUAUUUGUAUAUCGUUGAGAUUUUAUUGUGAUUUAGAUAACGAUUGUGGUGAUAACUCAGAUGAACCAGAUCAAUGUGUAACACCAGAACCAACGUGUGCCGGAAAUGAGUUUCGUUGUGACAGUGGAGAUUGUGUAUCUUAUAAUGUCGUCUGCAACAAAAACCCUGAUUGUUCGGACGAAUCUGAUGAAAAACAUUGCCAUAUUGACGAAUGUGAAAAGACGGAGAUUAACCAAUGUGAACACGAAUGCGUCGAUACAUUAACGAGCUUUCACUGUGAAUGUCACACAGGCUAUCGAUUGAUGUCGGACAGAAAGGCGUGUCAAGAUAUCAACGAAUGUACAGACGUGCCAGGGGCUUGUAGUCAGAUCUGCGAGAAUACGGAAGGAAGUUACAAAUGUAAAUGUACAGAAGGUUACCAACGACAAGCAGACGGUAUUUCUUGCAAGAAGAUAGACAAUAUUAAACCGUGGCUAGUAUUCGCUAAUCGUUACUAUGUUAGAGAACUAUCAACAGACGGUCAGAACUACAGAAGAGUCGCCCAAGGGUUUGACAAUGUGGUUGCUCUAGAUUUUGACGUUAAAGAAGAUCGUUUGUAUUUUACGGAUGUCAAGGCUCAUAAGAUUUACCGUAUUUAUCUAAAUGGUACCGGACAGGAAGUCAUUAUUCAACAUAACGUUCCCAGUGCCGAGGGAUUAUCGGUCGACUGGAUUGGAAGGAAGUUGUAUUGGGUUGAUGGUAGAAAAUCCUCACUGAAUGUAGCAGAAUUAAACGGAACUAAUAGAUGUACUUUAUUAAAAUCUCAGAUGAGACGACCUAGAGCUAUAGUUGUUGAUCCAGUACAUGGGUAUAUCUAUUGGACAGAUUGGGGUGUAAAAUCUUCGAUUGGUCGUGUAGGAAUGGAUGGAUCCAACGCUACAGUUGAUUUCGUCACCAAUAAAAUGGGCUGGCCUAACGCCUUGACGAUAGAUUACGACACGGGAAGACUCUGGUGGGCGGAUGCACAUUUAGAUAUUAUUGAAUAUAUCAACAUUGAUGGAAGUGGAAGACACACUGUAUUACAAGGUGUUCCUCAUCCCUUCGCGAUUACGGUGUUCGAGGACUGGAUGUACUGGACAGACUGGAAUCAUCUUUCGAUUGAGAAGGCCAAUAAAUAUACCGGAGCCAAUCAUACGAUUUUACGGAAUAUAACUCAUAGACCGAUGGAUAUUCAUGUUUACCAUCCUCUCAGACAAAAAGUUGAAUAUUUUCUGUAUUUUAGGAAGUUGUAUUGGGUUGAUGGUAGAAAAUCCUCACUGAAUGUAGCAGAAUUAAACGGAACUAAUAGAUGUACUUUAUUAAAAUCUCAGAUGAGACGACCUAGAGCUAUAGUUGUUGAUCCUGUACACGGGUAUAUCUAUUGGACAGAUUGGGGUGUAAAAUCUUCCAUUGGUCGUGUAGGAAUGGAUGGAUCCAACGCUACAGUUGAUUUCGUCACCAAUAAGAUGGGCUGGCCUAACGCCUUGACGAUAGAUUACGACACGGGAAGACUCUGGUGGGCGGAUGCACAUUUAGAUAUUAUUGAAUAUAUCAACAUUGAUGGAAGUGGAAGACACACAGUAUUACAAGGUGUUCCUCAUCCCUUCGCGAUUACGGUGUUCGAGGACUGGAUGUACUGGACAGACUGGAAUCAUCUUUCGAUUGAGAAGGCCAAUAAAUAUACCGGAGCCAAUCAUACGAUUUUACGGAAUAUAACUCAUAGACCGAUGGAUAUUCAUGUUUACCAUCCUCUCAGACAAAAAGUUGGCUCAAGAGGAAGUCCAUGUGGUAAAAACAAUGGCGGCUGUUCACAUGUCUGCUUAAUAGGGGCAGGGGGAGACAACUACGCUUGUAAAUGUCCUGAUUUUUUUGUUAUGACCCCGGACAACAAGACGUGUAUCGCUAAUUGUAGUAGUUCUCAGUUCCGUUGUGGUCCUACUGAUGAUCGAUGUGUUCCGUUACUAUGGAAAUGUGAUGGAGAUAAAGAUUGUAAAGAUGGCAUGGAUGAACCCGAAGACUGCCCUGUGAAAGUCUGCGCUCCAGGACAAUUCCAGUGUAAAAAUAACAACUGUACGUUUGUGUUUCGCGUCUGUGAUUUGCACGACGACUGCGGAGAUGGUAGCGAUGAAGAAAAUUGUAACACAAGACAAUGUGAAUCGUGGCAAUUCAAAUGUAAUAAUUAUAAGUGUAUACCUAAGAAAUGGCAGUGCGAUGGUGAAGACGAUUGCGGGGACGGAUCAGAUGAAUUGUCCCAUUCUUGUGGUAAUUCUACGUGUAGCGUUGGACAGUUUAUGUGUGAUAACAAGCGAUGUAUACCAGCCACGUGGAAAUGUGAUUUCGAUGAUGAUUGUGGUGAUGGCUCUGAUGAAAAAACAUCAUUUAAUUGUGAAUCGCGAUCAUGUUUAACAGGAUGGUGGAAAUGUAAAACUAAUUAUAGAUGUGUACCGAACUGGUCACGAUGUGAUGGAGAAGAUGAUUGCCGUGAUAAUUCCGAUGAACUAGAAGAGAACUGUCCAGUCUGUCAUCCGACUGGAGACUGGAAAUGUGCCAAUAGAAAAUGUAUCCCGAAACGCUGGCUGUGUGAUUUUGAUGACGAUUGUGGUGAUAACUCUGAUGAAGCUUCGGAUACAUGUGCUGAUAAACUUCGUUCGUGUUCAGAAUCGGAGUUUCGUUGUGAUAAUAAGAAAUGUAUUCAAGGAAAAUGGCGGUGUGAUCACGAUAAUGACUGCGGUGAUGGCUCGGACGAAGAUCCACAAUAUUGUACAAAAUUUAAAGAGUGUGAUAAAGACCAGUUCCAAUGUAGCAGUGGUCAUUGUAUUAGUUUAAACACUAUCUGUGAUGGCGCCAGAGAUUGUUUUGAUGCCUCUGAUGAACAGAAUUGUACGGCGCCAUAUCCUGGAAAUAAAUUCUGUCCUGACAGUAAAUUCGAAUGUGCCAAUCAUAUUUGUAUAUCGACCAAUUGGAAAUGUGACGGAGACAAUGAUUGUGGAGAUGAUUCAGAUGAAACAGCUGAAGUUUGUAAGUCAGUGGAUUGUGAAGAUGCUGGGAAAUUUCAGUGUGAUAAUUUUAAAUGUAUACCCAAGUUUAAGAUUUGUGAUGAGAUAAAUAAUUGUGGAGACGGCUCUGAUGAAAAUAAACCGGGUCUUUGUAAAGUUCAGUCUAACAGAAUCUGUACAGAAAAAGAGUUUAAAUGUACCAAUAGGAAUUGUAUUGAGGGAACUCGAGUCUGUGAUAACGUUGAUGAUUGCGGUGAUCGGUCUGAUGAAGAUGGCUGCAAUAAAGAUUCCGAUGAUUCUUCAUGUUCAAAAGAAAAUGGUGGAUGUGCCCAGAAUUGUACGUCAUUAAAAGAUGGUGGAUAUUAUUGCAGUUGUAAACCAGGAUAUCAGAUUGGAAGAGAAGACAGGAAGUCUUGUGAAGAUAUUAACGAAUGUGAUAGGUGGGGUAACAACUGUCCCCAGAAAUGUCAGAAUAUAAAGGGCACGUAUAAAUGUCAAUGUGCGGAGGGUUUCAGGGAUCGUCAACGAAAAGGAACCGAAUGCAAGGCCAGUGAUGGCAGUCUGAUCAUUUUCUUCGGCAUUGGUGGAGCUAUACAACAAUACAGAUCAUCAACGAAGGAGUACACCAACGCCAUCUUGAAAAGUCAAAGAGUUCAAUCCAUAGACGUGGAUGUUGCUUGGAAUUUGAUAUUCUGGACCGAUAAAUCUGAAAAAAAAAUAAAACGCGCUACUCUACCUCCGGAUGCUACAGUUUCUGGUGUUGCCCGAACCAUCGUUAGCUUUGACGUAAAACAACCAGAAGGUAUUGCAGUGGAUUGGGUGGGAAAAAAUAUAUAUUGGGCCGACAGUUUAAAGAAGACGAUUUCCGUAGCUAAGAAUGACGGAAGAUAUACACGGUCACUAAUAGCAACUGAUUUAGAUUAUCCAAUGGGUGUCGCUGUAAUCCACGACUGGGACGCGAGUGAAAACAAACCAAAAAUAGAAUAUUCAUGGAUGAACGGAGAUCAACGUAAAGUUUUAGUUAACAGUAACUUGGUUUAUCCGACUGGAAUAACAAUAGAUUAUUUUAUGAAUGAUCGUAUUUACUGGUGUGAUUAUAAAUCUAACGUCAUAGAAACCAUGAAAUAUGACGGAACUGACCGUCAUAUCGUUAUUAAAAAGGGUAUCUAUAAACCCUUCAAUAUAGAUGUUUUUGAAAGUAUGUUGUACUGGUCCUCGCGAGAUGAAGGCAGAAUUAUAAAGAUGAAUAAAUUUGGAAAAGGCACGAAUUCUACGUUACAAACUGGGUUAUUGUUACCUACUGGCGUUAAAGUUUUCCAUAAAAAACGUUCCGAUUUAGCAGUGAAGAACAAUUGUUCCGAUUCAAGCUGUAGCCAUCUUUGUUUAUUGACCCCUGUUGGUUUUACAUGUGCCUGUCCCCAGGGGUCGAGUGCCCUACCGUCAAAUCAAAAUAUAUGCGACGCUCCUCAAGAAAAACCACAAUCGAAACCGAUGACUUGUGAUUGUAGAAAUGGUGGAACUUGUGUUGGAACAGAAAAUAUCGGAUUCACUUGUAAAUGUUUGGAAGGUUAUAUUGGUGAUUUCUGUGAAAUAGCUCCAGUCAGAGUUCUAGAAUCAGAGAAUUUAACGAGCGUUAUUAUUCCGGUCGUCGUUGUUAUUAUUAUUAUUAUUUUAUUGGUUGUUGUUUUUGUUAUUUUACGUAAAAAAGGAAUUCUCCUCAGCUUCAAAAAAUUUCUACCGAAAGGUUCGAAUGAUAUGAAGAAAUUUCGAGGUAUUGCUCAAUAUAACGAGGCAGGUGACGUGAAUCUAAAAUUACCGUACGUUACUGGUGGGAAACCAAGUACAUCAAACGCACCACCAGAUGAUAUUUUACAGGAUCCAACGAAACCGACAAAUUUUUGCAACCCAAUAAUUCUCCUCAGCUUCAAAAAAUUUCUACCGAAAGGUUCGAAUGAUAUGAAGAAAUUUCGAGGUAUUGCUCAAUAUAACGAGGCAGGUGACGUGAAUCUAAAAUUACCGUACGUUACUGGUGGGAAACCAAGUACAUCAAACAAAAACUCAAGACGGAGUGUAGACGUCAAGAUGCAAGAAGAUGGAAGCAGCUCAGUUGGAACCUACAGCACCAUCAGAAGUAUUUUUACAGAUAACGGUGCUUCGUUUUACUGUCCUGGCUCGCAUUCUGUCGUUACCAGCGGAUCCUUCGUCAGCGCUUGUGAGAGUUUACAAGACCGACUUCAUGCGUUGGAUCUUUCAACCGAUCAUAACUUAAGAAAUUCUGUCAUUGUCAAAGAAUUUUUGUUUAAAGGGAAAUCCUGGGACGGACGCCAUAGCGAGGACAGACCCUUGGGGUACGGAUUCCAUAGCGCGGAUAGAGCCUUGAGGUACGGAUUCCAUAACGAGAGAGCCUUGGGGUACGGAUUCCAUAACGAGAGAGCCUUGGGGGUCGGACUCCACCAUAGCGAGUUCAUAGCCUUGGGGUACGAAUUUCAUAGCGAGGGAAGAGCCUUAGGGGUAGAGUAUGGCGAGGAAAUUUUGGACUACAGUGAUAUAUUAAAGAAGCUCUUGCGGAAAAGACCGGACAGUUUUUGCUGUGAAUUCCUGGAUGAUCGCGAUCUUGGUGAUGUGGUGAAAACUGAAAUUGAAAAUAAAAUUCGAUUUUGUCUUCAAAGAAACUGA